UCCGGGCGGGGCGCGGCGCGGCGGGCCGGGCAUGGCGUCCAUGGCGGCUGCGAUCGCGGCCUCGCGCUCCGCGGUCAUGAGCGGGAACCGGCCGCUGGACGAACGGGAGCGGAAACGCUUCACCUACUUCUCGUCGCUGAGCCCCAUGGCCAGGAAGAUCAUGCAGGACAAGGAGAAGAUCCGCGAGAAGUACGGGCCCGAGUGGGCGCGGCUGCCGCCCGCGCAGCAGGACGCGAUCAUCGACCGCUGCCUGGUGGGGCCGCGCGCCUCGGCGCCCGCCGACCCGGGGUACUCCGGCGACCCCGAAGACCCCGUGCGCUUCCCCGGCCUGCGCGGGCCCACGGGCCAGAAGGUGGUGCGCUUCGGCGACGAGGACAUCACCUGGCAGGACGAGCACUCUGCUCCUUUCUCCUGGGAAACUCGGAGCCAGAUGGAGUUCAGCCUUUCCUCCUUGUGUAUCCAGGAGCCAAGCAGCGGUGCUUCCACCAGUGAGCUGAGGCCAUUGCCCAAGGCCUCCCAGGGCCCACAGGCCCUCAAGACCACCCAGGGCAGUAGGUCGUCCAGCCUGGACGCCCUGGGUCCAGCCAGGAAGGAAGAUGAGGCACCCUUCUGGAAAAUCAAUGCAGAGAGAUCCCGGGAGGGGCCUGAGGCCGGAUUCCAGUCUCUGACCCCCAGCCAGAUCAAGUCCAUGGAGAAGGGGGAGAAGAUCCUGCCUGCCUGUUACCGGCAGGAGCAGUGGGUCCUUCCCAGUGUGAGUGUGGACCGGGAGAGACCCCCGCCUGCCCAAGCCACCUCUGGCAUGCUGCCCGAGGACCAACUCUCUGAGCCCUUGGGGAAGCCACUGUCCCUGGAUACCUCACAGGACGAGGACAGCGCUCUGGGUUCAGAGCCCACGCCUGCACAGGCCAGCUCCAGUGUCAUCCUGAAGACGGGCUUCGACUUUCUAGACAACUGGUAAACAGUGUUGGGCGUGGCGCAGCCAGGAGCCGAGGUGUCCAGGGUGCUGUGCCCAGGGAGGGCUUGUGGCCUGUUUYCUGGUUUCUCUACUAUUGAUUUUUUGGAAGCUGGUAAAUUUGCCAGAUUUUUUUUCUUUUUGAUAAAACCAGAUAUAUAUGCUAUUUUCAACAAUUUGCUAAUGGAAGUUUUACAUCUGGAAUUUUUAAGGAUCAUUAGGAAUUUAGUGGAUCUUGUUAGUAAGCCCUUCCAGCUCUGCCCAUGACCCUCCUCUCAGGAGGCCUCCUCGCUGAYGUCACCAAGUCACCACCAAAUCCUGUCUCCUGUUCGUGCCCUCCCUAUGCAGCUGGCCUCCUUGGUGGUGGCUGCCGUAUCCUCGGUCCUGCACGUUGGCCACUGCUGUUCCCACAGGAAGAUMUGCCCUCAGGAACUCCCAGUGCUCACAGCCCCUGGCUGAAGGCACAUCCUGCACCAUGUGCCACCUGCCACCUCAGGUGGCUUCCAGGAAACAGACUGUCAGCAUGUGGUGGACAUGCGGUGAGCUGCCCCAUGGUCACUGAAGUAUCUAUCCUGUUUAACAAGAGCUGCGUGUCUGGAGUUGUGCGCCGACCUCCUGUUAUCCGUACCUAGCUUCAGCAGCUGUGGGCUACCACGUUGCCUGGUUUUGUACCAGUUUCUUUUGGGAAGCUCCCAGCACUUAUGUGACCUGUUGCUUGUCCCCGUGCUGCACAUGAGUGGUCGGGGUGGCAGUGCUGCUGGGGCAGAGGCCCCUCUGAUUCACUACUGCUGCUUUCCAGAGGAGAUGGGCUGUGGCUGCCCACCCCCAACUCCUCAGGCUGCAUCAAGAUGGGCCCUCCCAGCCCUGACCACAGCAGAGUGGGAGAGGUGGCCAGUGGGCCCCAGAAGUGCCCUGGGGGCCCCACAGCACCCCAGGAGGGCUUGUCUGGGGCUGGAGCAGAUUCCCAGGCUGUGUGGCAGGAGGGUGGACCUCAGCUGGAGGCCACUGCCCUCACUAUGCCCUGCCCUGUGCUCUGGCAGGAGGCGCCUUCUCUGCCGUGCACACACCACUGCCACUGUGUCCCCUCACCUGAGGCCUUAUUCCCUCGGAGCCCUGCCAACAAGCUUCAGGACCAAAGGGUGGCUUUUAAAAACACGCUUCCUAGGCCCUUCUGAAGUACUCUCCAGGACAYCAUCUGACUCCAACCGCCUCCACCCCCAGGAAAGUCUUUGCCAAAGCCAUGGCUAGCAACUGUGCUGGUCCCCACCCUUGCUGGGUGCCCCGGGGUGUGGGCUUCACCUCCCUCCUCUGGUCCCUCACUGCAGUGUGGCAGAUAGACAUCCCUCUGUAACACGUGAGCAUUCUUUUUUWUAUAUAUAUUUUUUUAGUUGUAGAUGGGCACAAUAUCUUUAUUUUAUUUCUUUAUUUUUAUGUAGUGCUGA